AUGGCGACUGGCGGUGGUGAGGGGGCGGCGACGGCGGCGGGUAAGUAUCCAGGAUUUGUAAAGUCCAAGGUGGGGUCGGCUCAGCAGUUGGUGACGGUGCCAAGAGUAGCGGCGCGCGAUAGCAGUGUGGCUGCAGGUAGCCAACGAGAUGUGGCGCUGCGGCACGAAUACUUGGCCAUCGUGGACGACGACCUGCCAGUGCCAACCUGUCCAGAUGCUCCGCCUAAAGUAGAUAGAGGGCUGGCCUCGCGGCGCCUGGUACGGCGCGCGAAUCCACGGGCAAAGACGGCGAGCUUGAGCCGAAGCAAGCUCCGUCAGGGCCUCCUACGUGCGGCACAGGACAACGACGCGGCCUUUGUGCGGCGCCAUGCAGAGGCCCUCGCUCAGUCGGGUCUGGCGUGUUGCCUGGACGAUUAUGCCUGGACGCCGCUCAUGAUUGCAAGUGCCGCCAACGCCUUGGAUGUCGUGCAUGCACUUGAAGAGGUCUUUGGAUAUGAUCAACUCGACUAUGAGCACGCUGACCGCGGUGGCAACACCGCCCUUUCCAUCGCUCGCCAACACGGACACGAGCAGUUGGUCGACUUUCUCGUCGCAGUCGCUGCUCGGACACCAGCUGAGCCGAGACCCACCUCGGCUACGGAACAAGCCGGAUCUGCAGGCGAUAAGACAUCGACGCACCCCAUACCUGCCUCAAGCAAAGCACUCGCGCCUCAGCCUUGGUUCUGUGCGCCGUGUGGCCUGGAGGUGCGGGAGGCCGAGGCCUCCCAUUGUGCAAGCAUUGCACACAAUAUCAACUGCGCCCGCCCCGUGGCCCGUCACCCGUUUGUCCUGGGUGUGGCGAACAAAGGAUAUCAACUCAUGAAAGCAGCAGGCUGGAACGAGCAAUCGGGGCUGGGACCCGCACAAGCAGGUCGCAUUGCGCCCGUCAAGACCGUGUUGAAGCGCGAUCGUGCAGGGCUGGCCUCUGCACAGGAUCAGUCCAGCGAAGUGCCUGCGCAAAAGGCCAAGGUGACACACUUCAAGGCCAAUGAUCUCCAAGCCGUCCGCGAUGCACCGCGUCCAGCGCGGCGCCUUGAUCAACCCCUUCCCCGUAAAGUCCAGGCCCGCCUUGUCGCAGCCGAGCAGCAGCGUGAUCGGGAUUGGCGCCACAUGGCUGCAGCCUCGGAUCAGCCUCGGCUUGAGCCCACAUAG